AUGAAUUCAUUCACAGAGUAUUAUCCAAAACUCUAUAAUGGAAGACAUUUAACCUGGUUGAAUAUUCUUUCAAAAGGUGUUGUAAGAGGUCAUUUCACAAACUCUUCAAUGCCUUACUAUGAUAUUACUGUUUCCCUUAUUCAAUUAUCUAUUUUUUUACAAUUUAAUAAUGGAGAAAAUUCUAAAACAAUACAAGAUUUGAGUCUGGCAGUUGGUAUUCCAAUAGAAGAGUUGAUCCAAACUCUUGUUCCUAUUAUUAAUUUUAAAAUAUUUACCUCUUCUUCUGCUAUUACCAGUUUAGAUCAAAGCAGUAUCAUAACAAUCAAUGACAGUUUUAACUAUCAAAGAAAUAAGAUUUCUCUUUUCCAACACUCAAUCAAGCAAUACUAUGAAGAGGGAAAAUCCAAUCCAGCCAACCAAAAAAUUCUAGCACAAAUCAAGGAGGAUAGAAAAUAUACACUACAGGCUGCAAUAGUGCGUAUUCUAAAAACUAGAAAACAAAUUGAACACAAACAAUUGGUGAAUCUAUUGCUUGCUCAACUCUCUUCAAACUUUAAACCAACAAAUAGUGAUAUUAAGAGAGCUAUUGAUUCUCUCCUCCAACAAGAAUACAUCAAAAGAGUCAGUGAGGAUUCGAGUUGGUAUCAAUAUAUUGCCUAA